AUGACUCUGUGGAAUGGCUCCUACCCCUUCUACCCUGGAGCCAAUGCCUGCUUCCCCUUUGACACCACCCGGGCUGUCAUUGUCACCGUAUUCCUCUCCAUGCUGGCCACGUUCAUCAUCAUCCUGCCGGGGAUCCCGGGCAGGGGGAGACUCUUCUGGUUCCUGCGCUUGGUACUGGGGCUCUUCAUGGGAGCAGUGAUCCUCAACGUCCAGUUCACCAGGGACUGGGAGAGUGGCUGGGUGCAGGCAAACACCUCCUACAAGUCCUUCAGCCCUGCCCAGGUGAACGCGGACAUCGGGCUGCACAUCGGCCUGGCCGGGGUGAACGUCACGCUCAGGGGAAACCCGGUGCAGCAGAUCAACGAGACCAUCGACUACAACGAGCACUUUCCCUGGAGCUUUGGGGCGGAUUACGACCGCAGCUACAGCCAGGGGCUGCACAAGGGGCUGCCCAGCCCCAUCCUGUACGUGGCAGAGAAGUUCAGCUCGCAGAGCCCCUGCGCUGUGCACAGGCAGUACCGCAUCGCCGGCCACUACGCCUCAGCCAUGCUCUGGCUGGCCUUUUGCACAUGGCUCAUUUCCAUCCUGCUCUUCUCCAUGUCCAUCCUGCUCUAUGGUGGCCAGAUGCUCCUGCUCACUGGCACUCUGAUCCUCUCCUCGCUGCUCCUCUUCUCCACUGCGAGGAACACCCUGGAGUGCCCCAUCCAGUUCGGCCCAGCUGCCUUGAGAACAGACUAUGGUGAAUCCUUUUGGCUGGCAUUAGCAACAGGGCUGCUGUGCCUGCUCCUGGGGCUGGGCAUCAUCAUCCUCAACUCCGUGCAGCCAGAGAAGCUGAAGCUCAUCUUUAGCCUGAGCAAGAGCAGCCAAGAGGAGCUGUGGGACAAGUCCUGCCUGCCAGCCCAGCCCAGCUGCUCUGCACAGGGUGGGUUCAUGGUCCCCCUCGGGGAGCUGUGCCACGGGACAGCCACCCAGCUCUGA